GUUGGUUGGCUAGCCGCGCCAAAAUUAAAAAAGAAGCAAAUGUAAUAGCAAAAGAAAAGGCGACAAUGCGGGACGAGAGGGACGGCCGCAGUGUGUGUAUGUGUGAAACAAACUAACCCGCCUGCUGAGAUAUAUACUACAAAGUUCGUUAUUAAAUAUUCCCAUAUGCAGAUGUCAGCUCUUACAAGCAACAUGUACUAUAAAAGCGGCACUGUGAAUCGAAGGAAAAGGGCAAAUCGCCCCAGUCCAGGACAUCAAGAGGAUAACACAUGCUGCUAGCAAGGCAUUAAAUGCUUGCAGCAGCAAUCAAAAUCAAAAGAGCAGUACAAAAAAACAAAACGAAAAAGAAAAAAAAACAAAUAAUAAAAGCAACAAACACUAGAGAUAACAGCUCUACUGGAGCAACAACAAUCAACAACAACAACAAGAACAACACAACAUGUAACGGAUCAGUGUUGGAAGCAAGUUGUUAAAAAAGAAGACUAUACACAAACACAAGCACACACACACACACAUACACAAACACACCCGCAAUUCUCAAUUGCACACAGACGUAUACUGAUAGCAGAUCUCCCUUGCUCUCUCGCUGACUGACGAACUGCGCUCUAAUUCAAAUUCUUUUUGGACGCACAUCGCAAGAAACGAAACGGAGGCGUGAGCGCGCACAAGGGGGAUUACGAGUGGGCUUUUUUUUGGCAGCCAUGACAAUCAUACUCUUUCUGGUGGACACCUCGUCGUCCAUGUGCCAGAAAGCGUAUGUGAAUGGUGUGCAAAAAACGUAUUUGGACAUUGCCAAAGGAGCCGUUGAGACGUUUCUCAAAUAUCGACAGCGUACCCAGGAUUGUCUCGGCGAUCGCUAUAUGCUUCUCACGUUUGAGGAGCCGCCGGCUAACGUUAAGGCCGGCUGGAAGGAGAAUCAUGCCACAUUCAUGAAUGAAUUAAAAAAUCUACAAAGUCACGGCCUUACCUCAAUGGGUGAAUCGUUGCGCAAUGCCUUCGAUUUGCUCAAUUUAAAUCGGAUGCAAUCUGGCAUCGAUACGUAUGGACAGGGGCGUUGUCCAUUUUAUUUGGAACCAUCGGUGAUUAUUGUCAUAACCGAUGGCGGUCGCUAUUCGUAUCGGAAUGGUGUCCAUCAGGAGAUCAUAUUGCCGUUGAGCAAUCAAAUACCCGGUACCAAGUUCACCAAAGAGCCUUUUCGCUGGGAUCAGCGUCUAUUCUCCCUCGUCCUCCGUAUGCCCGGCAACAAAAUCGAUGAGCGUGUCGAUGGUAAAGUGCCGCAUGAUGAUUCGCCCAUUGAACGGAUGUGCGAGGUAACCGGCGGACGAUCAUAUCGCGUACGCAGCCACUAUGUCCUCAAUCAAUGCAUCGAGAGUCUCGUGCAGAAGGUGCAGCCGGGUGUUGUGCUCCAAUUUGAACCGAUGGUGCCUAAGGAGGCCAACGGUGGUGGCACCAGUGCCAGUGGCAGUACCAGUGGCGGCAGUGGCAGUGGCACUCCCACCAGCAGUGGUAGCAGCCCAACGCCGGACAUUGUUUUUCCGCUGAUGAAGAAAAUGAUCUAUGUGCAGAAGCAUAUUACACAAAAGACCUUUCCCAUUGGCUAUUGGCCGCUGCCGGAGCCAUAUUGGCCAGAUUCGAAGGCGAUAACACUGCCGCCACGCGAUGCACAUCCAAAGCUGAAGGUAUUAACGCCCGCCGUCGAUGAGCCGCAGUUGGUGCGCAGUUUUCCGGUCGAUAAAUACGAGAUCGAGGGUUGUCCGCUCACAUUGCAGAUCCUCAACAAGCGGGAGAUGAACAAAUGCUGGCAGGUGAUCGUCACCAAUGGGAUGCAUGGCUUUGAGCUGCCAUUUGGCUAUCUGCGAGCGGCGCCCAAUUUCAGUCAGGUGCAUCUGUAUGUGCUGGCGUACAAUUAUCCGGCUUUGUUGCCACUGCUACAUGACCUCAUACACAAGUACAACAUGAGUCCACCCAAUGAUCUUAUGUAUAAAUUUAAUGCCUAUGUGCGAUCGAUACCACCAUAUUACUGCCCAUUUCUGCGGAAAGCCCUUGUCAAUAUCAAUGUGCCCUAUCAGCUGCUGCAGUUCCUCUUGCCCGAGAACGUUGACAACUAUCUGUCGCCGACGAUUGCCAAUCAGUUGAAGCACAUUAAGAAUACGGCCAAACAGGAUCAGGAGAAUUUAUGCCUGAAGGUCUACAAGCAGUUGAAACAACCAAAACCGCCUUACCGUCAAGUGGAAACGGCCAAAUUGUGUACGGGUGCUGCACUGCGUCGUGAUCUGGUGCGUCAUCCACUGCUGCGGGAUACGUUCGCCAAGCUGCAUGCGGAAAUUGAGCCGGUGGAUAAUUAUACCAUUGUUGUGCCUCAGCUGACGCAUCAGUCAUCAGCGAAAACGUAUCGCAAUCCAUUCGAUAUACCACGCAGGGAUCUGGUCGAUGAGAUAGCACGGAUGCGUGAGAGUUUCCUGCGGCCGGCGAGUUUGGUGGCCAAGGAUUCGGGCCAUUGUCUGCCCAUUGCCGAAAUGGGCAACUAUCAGGAGUAUCUGAAGAAUAAGGAUAAUCCGUUGCGUGAAAUUGAGCCGACCAAUGUGCGACAGCACAUGUUCGGCAAUCCAUACAAGAAGGACAAGCACAUGGUCAUGGUGGAUGAGGCCGAUCUCAGUGAUGUUGCACCUAUGAAAUCAUCUAAUUCAAAUAACGGUGCCAAUAACAACUUGCCAUCAUCGAGCGGCGGCGGUGUCGGUGGCGGCAUGUCCGGCAUGGGUCUAGUUGGUGGUGGUGGGGGCAUGUCCAAUCUAAUGCUCGGUGGUGGCGGCAAUGGCAUCAUUGGUCCCAUGGGUGGCAUCGGUGGCACAAAGGGCAAACUGGAUGGCACAUCGCGCGGACGCAAACGGAAGGCGGGCCCAUUGCCACGUGCCUUUGAAUUCCGGCGUGCAUCGACUGAUUCGAGGCGCAGCGGCAGCAUCAGCCCCACUCCGAGCAACGCAAGCAACAGCAGCAGCAGCAGCGCCAAAAUUGGCGGCAGCAACAUCACCAACGUAGCCAGCAGCAGCAACAGCAGCUGCAGCAGCGAUGUGGAAAUGCUGCUCGAUGAGGAUAGCAAUAGCAGCUUUGCGUCGGAUAACAUCAACAGCAGCAGCAGCAGCAUCAUUGCCGCCAGCAACAACAGCGACUCUGGUUUGUCGACGACGCAUUUAGCGGAACGUUUCAGUAUUGAUUUCAGCGAGGAGGAGGCCUGCGAACAGGAGACGCCGCUCAAUGGUUAUGUGCACAAUUUCAUCAAUGGGAUUAGUGAGGAGGAGCGCGCUAUUGAAGCGGAGCAUGCCAGCAGCAAUAGUGCUAGCAGCGGCAGCAGCAGCAUCAGCAGCAGCAACAACAGUGCUACUAACAGCAGUGCCAGCAACAACAGCGCAAACAACAACAGUGCAGCAACAGCAGAAACUCUAGCGGAGACAAUGCCCAUAGCAACAACCAGCAGCAGCAGCAGCGUUAUAGUCGCACCAGCAGCAGUCACAGCUGCAACAGUUGCCAGUAACGGCGCCAGCGAUCUAUACAGCAGCAGUAUGCAUAGUAGCAACAUGGCCAGCAGCAGCAGCAGCAGCCACCACCAUAACAACAAUAAUAAUAAUCAUAACAAUCAUCACAAUCACCACAGCAGCAGCGGCGUUUUAUAUGUGCCGCUUAAUGGACUUACCAUGCAGCAUGCCGCAUAUAGCAGCAAUGUGGGUGCAACACUCGACAAUACGAUGCUGAUGCUGCCAACAGCAGCAACGGGAAUGCAUAAGGUUGCAACAGCAAUGUCACCGCUCUUGUUGCUGCCCAAUGGUUAUGCGAGUCAACAUGGCGGAAUGUUGUCACCGCCUGCAGCAAUAUCAACACCACCACCAACAACAACAGCUGCAGCAGCAGCAACUGCCACAACAAGCGCAACAACAACAGUAACAACAACAUCGACGACAACAGCAGCAACAUGCACGUACUUUAGUCAUAAUGAUAUCAAUGAUGCCUCGGAAAUUUCGCGCAUAUUGCAGACGUGCCACAAUGGCAACAACAACAGCAGCAGUAUCAACAACAGCAGCCUCAUCAUCAGCGGCAGCAGCAACAGCAGCAAUAACUCUGGCAGCACUUUAAAUGGCAACGCCAGCGAUGCCAAUGGACACGACUUGAAUUUGGACAUGGAGAUGGGCAAUAGCUUUGAUGCACUCAAACGCACAGCUGGCGGCAGUAGUCCCUCAACAGUUGGCAGCAGUCCGCAUUUUUACUGGGGCAGCGGCCUUAUCCAUCAUAACAGCAGCAGCAACACCACCACCACCACCAACAACAACAACAGCAGCAUCAGCAAUAACAGCAGCAACAACAGCAACAGCACCAAUAACAACAGCAGCAACAUCAGCACUCAGCAUAGAAACCACAACAACAGCAGCCCCAAACUUGAGCUGAAAGCAUCACCAACGCACAGCAAUCACAGCAGCAGCAGCAAUAGCAGCAGCAGCAACAAUAACAACAACAAUGUCGACCCCCUGAACUCAGUGGAGUGUGAAUUGAGCGAAGAGCAGCGAGAAGCGGCACGCCAGCAUAAUAUUGAUUUGCGUUUGAAAAUCUUUCGUGAUAUUCGGCGACCGGGUCGGGAUUAUACACAGCUGUUGGAGCAUUUGAAUUUGAUAAAGGGCGAUCAGGAUAUGAAAUCGGAUUUUAUUGAGAUGUGCAUCAGUGAAUCGAUGCGGUUUCGGCGGCAUCAGAUGGUGUACAGCAUACAGGAGUGGUGGGAGAGCAAGCAGCCGCAUUUGGAGAUCACAAAGAGUUAACGUUGGCUAAUUUGGAAUUGAGCGUGCAACAAGCAGCAGCCACAUGCAACAUGUCUGUGAUGUCAACAAACAACAACAACAAGAACAGCAGCAGCAGCAGUAAACUGAACAUCAGCGAUUAGGUUAAGAGUUGAUAUAUUGUAGUUGAGCACGCCAGGCCAAACCAGAAAAUUAUAUAUAUAUAUAUAUAUAUAUAUAUAUACUAUAUACACACACAGUAGUCGCUCGCUAAUUUUGAUUGCUUUGAUUCCCGAUUCGAAUUUUAAUAGCCAAGUCCCUUUUUGCAAUUGCUAAUUACUUUUUCAAAAACAACUACCGAGUUCCCGUUUAGAUCAGGAGAAAAAUCCAAAUUAAAAGUAAAUUCCCUUAGGUAAUA